UAUACAAAGUAAUAUACAAAUAGAACAAAAAAAUGUCAAAUUCAUCGAGAUCUAGCUCGCUUUCUGAGUCUUCGAUCGAGACAAACGCAUCGAUUUCUUCAUCGGAAUUCAUGACGGCAAAUUCGGACGAAUCUAAUUCGGAAAUUUUGCGAUUUGCCGAUAAUAUUGAACCGCUUGCUUCGCCCGAUGAAAUUGCUGAGUACGAAGCUGCAGUCGCAGAAGAACGGCAGGUUGAGGACAUGCUGCAAGAUCGUUUUGAUGCCCGUGUUGAUGUUACUUCAUGGUGUGAAUGUGGCCAUUGUUCGUUGGAUCUUGUUGUCAACCCUCAAGAGUGCCGAUGCUGCAUGGAAUUAGAGCAAUGCCGUGGUAAAAUGUAUCAGUUCGAAGUCGAUGAAAGGAAAUGCAUUUUGGAUCACCCUGGCUUUAACGAAGUUUGCCUGAACGAAUUUCCCAUGAAGAGAUUGGCAAGUACUGGUGCCAGUGGAGAACCAUUGCCACCCCGUCGGUCUGGUCAUAAAAGUGUUCGUUAA